AAUGUAGUUUCUCUUUCAGUUGGAGGAGUUGUGGCUGGGAAAAGCACACAUACCUCGUCCAUCUCAAGUCCGGGGAAUAUCAAAGUUAGCUGCUUAUUCACUUUCUGUCUUGGAUGCCAAACGUUUGAAGGGUACAAGACCAAGGAGCCCUUGCUCUCUUCAUUUUAACACUAGCAAAAAACCCGCAUCAUGAAGGAUGACCUCUGCGAUCAUGUCUGGGAAUUCCGUUUUACAAAGGCAGCUCCUGAAUAUUGGCGGAAUCUGGAUCCUUCUUGGAUAGGUACAGGCCCUUCUAUGCGCCGUUACUUCCACACAAAUGGCUCCCAGACUGCGGACUCUGGUGACCAGGUGUGGGGUGGUCAUGAGUGCGCUUAUUCAAUUGUUACCAGUUUUGUGGAAGAGGGAAGGAUCAGGGAACAUUACGUGAGGAUAAAUAGAUGGCCCCGAAUGUCUGUGUCAAGGAAGCAGGACUGGAGCUGGGAGCUAGCCAACCACUUGUACUGUUACUCAAGUAUUCCUGAUGCUGAUAAGAAGGGUGGCAGUGGACCAUUGUUUCCAGUGUGUAAUCAGUGAAGAUGCUGUUGAUGAAGUGGAUGGGUUAAAUGAAAUUCUUCGAAAGGUGAAGGAAAAUCCAUGAAGGGAGCAGAGACCACAGAGGCACAGAUCGGCUUCAAAGGUAUAAAGAUCUCCCAAAAUGGUGGUGAUUGAUUUCAGCAUGGACAAAGGAUAUUUAGAUUUCAGAGAUCACCAAACUGGUUGCAUGAGUGAAUCGCUUUUGACCCAUCUUGCACAAUUCUAUUGUCCAUGGCAACAGUAGCUCUACAUAACUUGGUUGGAGAUAAAGAACCGUUGCAGAUACCAACUGUUGGUGCAAAUUUGGAAAUUGAGGAAUAUCAAAUACAGAAUGGGAUGCAGUCAAGAUUUCUCCUGGAGUCUACCCCAUACCAACUUUAUAUCCGUAUACUUGCUUCGGAAGAAUGAAUUAGUGAUAGUAAAACCCUGUUGGUGGUUCAACACUUGGGAGUGUGGGCAUGCAUCAACAACCGGGAUACUUUGCAUCACUACACCAGAAAGGGUGCUUCAGUAUGGAUGCAAUUUUUUGGACAGUUGUAUUUGCUAUGAAGAAAUCCUGAAAAGAGUGUUUUCCGUGAUUCUUUAUUCAGUGUAUCCCUUGGCAUCCACAGAGAAGCCGGGUGUCUCUCGCUCUCCCUCUCCAUGGCAUUGCUCUUCUUUGAAUGAUAAGGAACACAGAAACAUACUUGUGCUCUAAAAUAACUGCAGUGGCAUUUCAGGUCUGUGCUCAAUAACAUCCUCUGCAGGCAAAUUACAAAUCCGCAGGUCCAUCCAAUACCAUAGUUGUAAAAAUGAUGUCUGAUUUUGGAUAGACACACAUUCUCCUUUUCUUAAAGCUUCAUAGAAAUUCAUGGUUUGUAAAUAUGGUCCAUUUAGUUUCAUCUAGUACAGUAUGUUCCUUUUCUGCUA